AUGAGAAGGAAACAAAUCAAAAUGGCUUCCACUCGGAUCGACCCACGGUUCAACCGACAGCUCCAACCCGCCGCAGGAAAGAAGUCGACCAACAACAACACGAUCAAAGAGGAAAUCCCAGGGUUGAUCAGAGUAUACGAAGACGGGCGGGUGGAAAGGCCGCCCAUCAUCCCUACCGUGCCUUGCACGUCACCCGCCGCCGCCGCCGGCGGCGUGACAUCCACGGACGCGGUGAUCGACGGAUCUUCCAACUUGUGGGCGCGCGUGUAUGUUCCGGCCGUGAACGGCUACUGCCGCAGCAGUUAUAAUUAUAAGCUGCCGGUGUUGGUUUACUUCCACGGCGGCGGGUUCUGCGUAGGCUCGGCCGCUUGGAGCUGUUACCACAGCUUCCUCUCCGGCCUCGCCGGAGAAGCGGGCUGCGUCAUCUUCUCGGUCAACUACCGGCUGGCUCCGGAGCAUCGCCUCCCUGCUGCCUACGACGAUGGCCUCAGAGCACUUGCAUGGAUCACUAGCCAGGAUAGAUCUUCUCAACACUGGUGGAGCAGGAGAUGCAACUUAUCAACCGGAGUGUUCCUCGCCGGCGACAGCGCCGGUGCAAACAUCGCAUACAACGUGGCCAGAACAUUAUUCAGCUCAUCAUCAUCAUCAUCAUCAAAACUCAGUUAUAUCCAGGGCUUGAUACUAAUCCAGCCUUUCUUCGGCGGCGAAACCAGGACUCCAUCAGAGAAAAACACGCACGACAUGUCACCCAAUUCGCCGCUGACCCUCUCCGCCGCCGACACCUACUGGAGGCUGUCCCUGCCCUUCGGCGCGAACCGCGACCAUCCCUUCUGCAACCCUCUUGCCAAGGUUCGUGAACCGAGGCUGCUGCUGCCGGUGCCGGCGAUUGUUUGCAUAGCGGAGACGGAUGUGCUGAGGGAUAGGAGCUUGGAGUUUUGUGAUGCGGUGAGUAGAGCGGCGGGGACAGUCGUCGUCGGCGGGAAGAAGGCGGCGGUGGAGGCGAUUGUUUAUAGAGGAGUUGGGCAUGCGUUUCAUGUGCUCGAACGUUCUGCCGUGGCGCGGAUUAGGGCGCAAGAGAUGGUUUCUCAUAUCAAAAGAUUCGUUCAUCAAUGA